UAUGAGGCAGGCAGAGGUGUGGUAGUCUACACCUGGUUCACAUUAGCUUGAUUGACUCUUUGUCCUUUAAGGAGGGCUGGAGGUUCAGUUCUGGUGAUCUCUCUCAAUCCUCACAUCCAGAAAAGUUCACAAUGAUGAUGCGUGUGGCCGUGGGUCUCUGGGUCCUAUCAGCGGUGAUCUGUGUUUGCAGCCCAAACAGCGUCUCCCUGGUGACAGGAAGUUAGCAGCUCAUGCUGACUCACAGGGAGAUAAUAUCUUCUUCUGCCCAAGUUGUGUGUCGACCGCCUUGGCUGCGUUGUCCGUGGGAGCGCAGGGGGAGACUCACAGUCAGCUUUUCAGUGGUCUGGGCUUCAACAGCUCCCUCCUGUCACAGACAGAUGUGGACCAGACCUUCCAGAUGUUCCUCCAGAGGGCCAGCAACACAUCUCAGGAGGACUCCAGCGAAGGGACCGCUGUGUUCGUGGACAACCGCUUCAAGCCCAAGCCGGAGUUCCUGCAGACCCUGAAGCAGUCGUACCUCGCAGAUGGGUUCAAUGUGGACUUCACCAACGCCACAGAAAGUGUUGAUACCAUCAAUAAGUACGUGGAGGAGAAGACCAAUAGGAAGAUUGACCAGCUGGUGGAAGACCUGGAUCCAAACACAGUCCUAUAUCUUAUCAGCUACAUCUACUACAAAGGAAAGUGGGCGACUCAGUUUGACCCGGAGCUCACAGAAGAAGACUACUUCAACGUGGACGAGAACUCGAAGGUCAAAGUCCUCAUGAUGAAUCUGGAGGAUAGUUUCUACACAUAUCGUGACAAUGUGCUGAACGCAACGGUCCUUCAGCUCCCCUUCACCAGCUCCUAAUCCAUGCUGCUGAUGUUGCCUGACGUCAUGGCAACGCUGGAGAACACAAUUGGCCCGCACCGUGUCACCAAAUGGUUGCAGUGGAUGACACCCAGGAAACUUGACGUAUAUAUUCCGAAGUUCUCCAUCAAGACUUCUUACAACCUGAACGAUGUGCUAUCAAAAAUGGGAAUGAUAGAAAUGUUUGUUCAUGCAAAUUUAAGAGGCGUUUCAGAGAAGCAAGGACUGGCAGUCUCAAAAGUUGUGCACAAAUCUACGCUGGACGUUGACGAGGCCGGAGCCACCGUUUCUGCCGCCACAGGAAUCUACAUCGAACUGCUCGCCUUCCUGGCCCCUGCCCCUGUGUUGACGUUCAGUCGUCCAUUCAUGGUCAUAAUCAUUGAACGUAACACUGAGGAAAUCCUCUUCAUGGGCAAGAUUAUCAACCCAACCAUCUGAUGGAUCAUCCCUUUGUUUGCUCGAGGACAGCUGUUGCAUCUUAUAUAAAAGUUGUCUCUUCCUUUGA